CAUGAAGACCAUCAGGCUUCGCCCAGAACAAAUCUUCUAGUCCUUCGGCUCAGGGAAACUAUGGCCUGGCGGCCAACGGCGCCUUCGUCGGCAUUAGGAGUAGCCGUGUAUAGUUUCUCUGCAAGAAACGAACGGGAGUUGUCCAUUGAUGUUGGAGAGGAAGUGAGAAUUAUCGAGGAGAGUACUUGUGGUGGCUGGUAUCGUGGCUUCAUCUAUGGUCCAGCACCGAGAAGAGUGGGAAUAUUUCCAUCGACUUAUGUUCAUCGGACACCAUGCGUGACAGUAAACCGCGGAAAGAAGUCCAUCACUGUGCAAAAGGAGGAUGCCAUUGCCCUGGAAGUGGCUUCGGUGCUCCGGGAAUGGAUGACACAAUGGAAGGAGCUGUAUGUCAACCUUGGAGGCCCUGUGAUGCUUGCUCUGAGAGCGACAAUGGUACAGCUGAUCAAGUGGCGAAGGGAUAUUCUGCUGGGAUCCCUCCGCUCAGACCAACUCCUGCCUAUAAAGUCGAAGAUUGCCAGUAAAAUCGACUGGGGUAACAAAGAGCUAAACUUGUUUCCAGUAAUUCGUAAUGAGCAGCAUGACGAGGUGGAUGUGAAGAAUACGAGUGUGGUAGAUCUGUAUCAGAUGUGCGUGAAUCAUACAAUGAAACAGAGUAAUGCUGGAGGCAUGACAGAGCCAUCGACGUCCACGCAGCUCAAUCACAUUUAUUGUGAGAUCGAGGAGAUCAGCUGCCUCGUGCAAGGAGAGGACACAGAUCUGCUGUUCAGUCUUUAUGACAGUAAGCGCCAGAUCUACCUCAGCGAGCGUUUCUUGAUGCGCUGUAAUAAGUCGGGCAACCCAGUGAGCAUGGCAAGUACUGGUGUCGUUGAGCGCCAGUGUGUGUUCACGGACCUGGACAAGGAGGAUAUCGCCAAUCUGCAGGACUGCUAUUUGGUAUGCCAUGUUGUCAGGUGUGGACGCAUGGACUUGAACAGCAAGAAAAGCAACGGCAUGUUCCGACGGCCCUCUGGCUGUGCUGCCAUCCCGCUGCAAAGCCUAAAAACGCUCAACGCGUCAGACAGCACACUGCGUCACGUCACAGCACAUUGCUUCCCGUUUGCAGAGGAGAAAGAUUUCUCCUCGCUGCAUGAGCAGGUCAUAAAGAAGCUGGUGAAGACAACAGACCGCUCAGGGACAAUAUCUGCUGCCAUGCGCACCAUGCAAGGUGACCUUUCAACACUACGAGAACAGUAUGUAAACCUGAUUGAUAGGAACACAUGUCUUGUUCGAAAGCUGGGAAUCGCUGAAAUCGUCAAGCCGGGUGAAUUUCGCAAUGACUUCUUCCUCACCAUCGAGAAAGGUGACUUUGAGAAAUCCAGCAAAUCGCCGCCCAACGUGGAGAUUCUCGUGCAGGUUGUAAAGAGCGAUGGCAAGAUCCUGAAAGCUAUUUGUGCAGCUGCAAAUCAAGAUCCGAUCGACGAGUUCCGCUGCUUUAUAAUCUAUCACUGCGCCAACCCGCGGUGGCACGAGACGAUCAGACUGGCAAUUCCGGUCAAUGUGAUCAACGACGUCCAGGUGCGCUUCACCAUACAUCACUGCUCAUCUAGUGGUAGCUGCACAGAUCAGAAGGUGGUACAUCUCAAGCCAGUCUUACAGAACGGCACCACGAUACAGGAUGGCACGUACACGCUAAGUAUCGACUCAACACGGGAAGCUUUGGUGUGUAGUACCAGGGUGUGUUCGACGAAGCUAACCCAGGACAUUAACCUGCUUGGCCUGCUGCGAUGGCGUCUGCUGAAGAAGCCAGAGCUGGUCUAUGCCCUGAAGAACGUCCUUCUUGUAAACGGCAAGGACAUCUGCCUGUUCAUGCAGGACAUCUUCGAUGCACUCUUCUCCAUUCUCGACCAGGAGGACGAUAUGUGUGGGCAGCUUGCAUUCAACGCCAUAGUCCGGAUUAUCAACCUGUUCCUCGACUCCCAGUAUGCACAAUACCGGGAAAGCCUUGAUGUGUAUAUCAACAUGCACUUCUCUGGAGCUCUAGUGUACAAGAAGAUCAUCAACAACAUCAGGGGAUAUCUCGACCAUGGUUCAGAUCCUGAGGUCACCAGUACUUUACUCUAUGUGCUCUACAGCCUGGAGUACUUGCUCAAGUUUGUUGUCCAGUCAAGGUGCCUCUUUGCGCGGUCUACCCAUACCAUUGGGUUUUCAAGCUUCAAGGAGAACAUCCGAUUGACCAUUCUCUCCAUCGCAAGCUUCCUGACCAAUCCGUCACCAACACUACGCCUGACGCAGAAGGUAGCACUCAAGCAGCUUGGGGUGGUGUGCCAGCAACUGCUGCUGAAUGUUUGUGAGCCAGCUGACCUUGGACAUGUCAUCAUUGACGUUGUCAGGGCUGUGCCAGCGUCGUCUCUCAAUCAUCCAUUGUUGCUGCCCAAGCUGCGUUUCAUGAAGAGCAUCGUCCAGAGCAAGUUGUUUGAAGUAUCCAACUGCAACACACAGCUCCUGCAGAAGUUCCUCACGGAUGCUAGUGUCUAUCUACAGCGACUGGAAGAGCCAUCGGCCGUGCUCGACCUAAUCUCUGCUCUGGCUGGCAAGCUGGAGGCAGUUCAUUCGCAGGAAAGUAAAGGAAUGAAGAUGGUCGUUCGAAUUCUUUUUACUGACCUGGUGCAGUUCAUUGUCUCGUCCAACGCAGCAGGAAGCCACCAGUCGCUAAUGACCGUUGCAUGCUGCAGUCUUCUCAGCUUCAUGCGCUCAGCGAGAGCGGACGACUUCCAGGAAAUCAUCAACCCAUCUGCAGAAUCUCUGCAGCUAGUCGAGCAGCUGUGCACCACAUUCUCGUCCCUGAUUAGUGACAGCAUGGAUUGCAAGGCAUGGCAUACACUGUCCAUCCUCCAGGCAGAUAUCAUUGCUGUGACCUUUGCGAAUAUUGCAGAGAAGGUCUUCAUCGCGUUCAGCGGCUCAUCACAGUUUGAGACCAGGGCCACCGAGCUCUUGCUAUCGCUAUUCGAGCUGGGUGGUUCGCUGAUUACGCACAACCUACUGCAGUUGGAUACGCUCUCACCAGGUCGCCGCCUUAUCAUUGAGCAGCGAUGUGGUGACAUUCGUGUGUCAGUAGCUGAAACCAUGGUUAAAAUGUGGCAUGCACUCGGUGCCAAUCAGAACUCCUAUGCCUUUGCCAUACCAAGUGUGAUUGUGCGCUCAUCGCUGGUCAGGGAGGAGUCCGUACAGAGGUUGCUAUUGCCACUGUACGUUGACCUGCUCAUCCAUGCCUACAACUCGUGCGAAGAUGGACUCAGUGACUUCUACGAUGACAUGACAGCUUCGUUGCACUCUAUGAUCACCAACGGAAGCGGUGAUGACACGUUCGUGACCGGUCUAGAAGACGUGUGGGAAGCUGGCAUUCGAAACGCGUCUCUGGAUGCCAAGGGCAAGGAGCAGUGUUUAGAUGUCGUGAAGCGCAUUCGAACGCUGACGUCUCUUCUGAUCGACUACCGCGGCAUCCGGGCAGGUGUCGUAGACACGUCUUCACCGGCUGGCCUCAGUCUGCACAUCAACAUUGUCUACAACCUGAUGUGCUUCUACAAGACCACCGACCAGCUGGAGAUGAGUGCAAGCUGCUUGCUGAUGCUGAUAGAGCUCAACGUGGCUGCGGAGAACUGGACGGAAGCAGGCUUUGCGUACCUGACCUGUGCCGACACGUUAGACUUUGGCGACAAGCAGGCUGUGCCGUCUGUCCUGACGUUCCCACACCAGUCAUCGGAGGAGCGCAAAGCAGCACUGCUUAUGGAGAGUAUCACUGCUUUGGGCAAAGGAAACUUAUGGGAAAAGGGCAUUGAAGUAUGUGAGAUGUAUUCCAGGUUUCUGAAGCAGAACAGCUACGACUUUCAGCGCGUUAGCGAGGUUCUUCGUACGGAAGCUAGCUACUUUGAAUCUAUCGUGUCCAUUCAUCGCCCAUCUCGUGAGUACUUCAGAGUUGGCUACUACGGCAGGGGCUUCUGGCCAUUCCUGCGAAACAAGGUGUACGUGUACCGCGGUCGUGAGUAUGAGAAGCUCGGCGCAUUCUCUGAGCGUAUACUGCAGGGAUAUCCUGGUGCUGAGCUGAUGAAGACGAAUCAACCGCCCGGCGAUGACACAAUGCAGAGUGACAAGCGCUACCUGCAGAUCUGCACUGUGAAGCCAGUUGCAUGCGAGAACCCGGUCGCAGAUCACGACAAUGUCAAUCCUUACAUUGCGGAGUUCUACCUGACGAAUCGGGUCUCGCAGUUCGUCUACUCGCGUCCAUUCCACAAGGGCGUGAAGGACAAGGAGAACGAGUUCAAGAGUUUGUGGCUGGAACGGACGACGGUGGACACUGUCAACGAGCUGCCAAACAUCUUGCCAUGGGCAGAAGUCAUCAACACAACCGUAAGAGACAUUUCCCCGAUCGAGAAUGGCGUUGAGACGAUGCUGGCGAAGAACAAGGAGCUAAUCGGACUGAUCCAAUCCCACAAGAACCCAGGCAAGAACAUCAACCCACUCAGCAUGGCACUGAACGGUGUUAUCGACGCUGCUGUCAUGGGUGGUGUUGACAACUAUGAGAAGGCCUUCUUCACUCAAGUAUACCUGGAGGAAAACCCUGAAGAUAAGCCACUUGUUGACGAACUGAAGAAACUGAUUGUGCAACAGGUGUCCAUUCUUGAAGAUGGGCUUCAAGUGCAUCAAGCCCAAGCCCCGGAGAACUUGCUGCCUUUCCAUGAGAAGAUGGCGGGCUUGUUUAUCCAGAUGAAAAAGAAAUCAGACAGCAUCCAGCAAGUUUACCAGUCUGUUUGACCACCGCAAGAACACAUGUACAGUGUCGAGUUCUUUUUUAAAACAGUUGUCCUAUUUCCAAUAUCCUCGUUCUACUGUACAGGUCAUUAUUAUUAUUUACCGGUAUUAACUUUUAUUUUUCUAGGGCAUUUCCCACAGACUUAUGAUCUCCAUAAUAAUAAAAAUAAGCCCGGGCUUAUUGUCAACCAGUUGAACUGCUUACAUGACGAUUGUACAGCCUACAGGGCUGAGUUCACGUGGAUGACUGCGAGUUCUGCAUGCAUUUUAUUAGUCAAAGUGCACAUGAACGCAGUGGUAAAUGCUCGUAAAUGAUGAAAUUUAAAUUUAGAUCAAGAAAAGCCUGCUCACACUUGUACUGCCUUUCUGGAUGUCAAUUUUGUUUCGAAAUGGCGAAGCCCUCACUGAACGAAG